AUGGCUGAGGGGUUUUCUGAUAAAGGUGGCAUGGGAUUAGGUGAAGAUGCACCUUUGUCCGAUGCUCACCUUAAGCAGAUUUUAGAGGCUCUAAAGAGUAAUGGAGAUUAUGUUGUGCUAACUAAAUCUGAGUAUGCAGCUUUGCAUAAACCAGUUAGUACAAGCACACCUGCCCCUAAGCGACCAUUGACUGAUUUUAUUAGAGCUUCUCAAGCUCAUGAUUUUUCUUUGCAUCCAUCACAAAUUCAGGUACCGAAGUUCGAGACACCAAAGUUGCCUUAUUUUUCAGGUGAUCAACCUCCUUUAAAGGGUGACGAGUCUUAUGCUGUAUGUAGAUUUGAAACUAAAUGUUUAAUUUCAGAAAAUUUACCUGAACAAGUUAUCUUACAGGUUAUUAGAAGGUCAUCGCGAGGUACAGCAAGACGUACAAUUAUUUCUUUAGGUGAACAUGCAUCAAGUGUUGUUAUAUUAGAUAAACUUGAUAUUCUUUUUGGUGAAGUAUCUACCAAUGAGUCUGUAAUGCAAUCUUUUUAUAAUGCAUCUUCAGAGAAUGUUACUGCUUAUGGGUGUCGUCUCGAAGCUUUACUUCAAGUCGCAGUUGAAAGUGGACAUGUUACAGUUGCUGCUAGAAAUGAUAUGUUACGUUCUAAAUUUUGGACAGGUUUGCGUGAUGAGAAGUUGAAGAUUCUUACCAGAAAUAAAUAUGAUUCAAUUUCAGAUUACAACACAUUAUUAAGAGAGGUGCGUUCUGUUGAACAUGAAUUGUCAGCUUCUAGCAAUAUUUCAGCAUCUGUUAAUGCAGCCCAGCAGUCCACGCCAGUUGAUAAGAAAACUAUUGAUGAUCUUACUGGUAAAAUUGAUUUACUCAUGAAUAAAAUGCUCUCUUUAGAAAACAGAUACAGGAGAAGCCAAAAAGAAACUGCGAGUUCCAGUAACAAUUAUUUCUCUAGAAAUAGGUACAAUUACCAGAGACGUGAUGGAAACUAUCAGAGUUAUAACCAACAGAGACCUAGAUAA